CUCCUUGGAAUCUCUCUCUGUUGUUUCUGUUGUCUCCUGCUCCUACCUUUGCUCUAACCUUUAUUUAUCCUUAACUCCCUUCUCUCCGCUCUCUACCUCUGAUCUUUUCCCACUUUUUUCCUGGCGGAUAAACCGGGAACUUUGCACAUGUAACCAACACCUAGUCUGGUAAUCCCUUUAUCCUUCCUCGUUUCCUUGCACGUUCUUCUCUUCUUGUCCCAACUUUUACACAAAUCAUUCUGUCUCUGUCUCUCCAUUUAUUGUAAUUUUUUUAAACUUUUCUCUAGAAUAUUAAUGGGGCAUUAACCUUCGUUUCUGACGAAACGAUGUGAUGAUUCUUCCCAUCUUGUAUUUCUGGGUAUUGGUUGGCUUGUUUUGUUGGCUAAAAUUGGUGUUUUUGGGUUUGGGUUUUCUUCCUAGAUCAUAAUUGUGUUUUUAGAAGUUCAGUUUUGUUUCCCAAGUUCUAGUCUUUUUCCCCUUUAAUUUUGAUUCAUUUUCCUCUACAAUUACAUAGAUUUGAACCCCUUUUCAGUCUCUUUUUUCAUCCUGAAUUUUGAUAUCUGCAAUUAGUAAUGGCUCAGAUCUCAUUUCCUCUAAGUGAGAGGAGAUGGAAGAAGAUUGCGAGUUGAGGCGCUGGGAUGAGUUAAUUCCUGAUGCACUUGGGCUAAUUUUCAAGAAUCUCUCACUUCAGGAGAUACUUACUGUAAUCCCAAGAGUGUGCAAAUCAUGGGGAAGAGCAGUGGCUGGGCCUUACUGCUGGCAGGACAUCGACAUUGAGCAGUGGAGCCAACACUGUAAUCCUGAGACUCUUGAUAGACUGCUUCGAAUGUUGAUAACUAGAAGCUCUGGUUCUCUCCGCAAGCUAUGUGUUACUGGUCUCUCAAGCGAGCAGAGUUUUUCUUUCAUUGCAGACAAUGCCAAAUCGCUUCAGAUUUUACGGCUGCCAAGAAGUGAAAUAAGUGAUUCGAUAGUGGAACAGGCAGCUGCAAGGCUCUCUGCAAUAACUUUCUUGGAUGUAAGCUACUGCAGAAACAUUGGAGCACUGGCCCUUGAAGCUAUUGGGAAGAACUGUAAAUCUCUAACCUGGUUGAGAAGAACAAUGCACCCACUAAAGGUGGCUGAAAAGCUUUCUCAAGAUGAUGAGGCCUUUACCAUUGCAGCCACAAUGCCAAAGCUCAAGCGGCUUGAGGUGGCCUACCUGCUCAUCAGCACAGAAGGCAUUCUCAAGGUACUCGGAAGCUGCCCUGAACUCGAAUUAGUAGACAUUCGAGGAUGUUGGAACGUGAAACUCGAUGAAAACUUGUUAAAGCGGUUCCCUGGGUUGAAGGUCGUUGGACCUCUUGUUGUGGACUACUUAGGGAUGAAAGGCUGGGAUAAUUGUUCAAAUUACUCAGCUUCCUCUGGUUACUUGGCCUGGGACUUUAUUGCUGGAGAAAUUGAUGAUUAUUUAGAUGAUGAGUUAUUAGACAUGGAUUGGGACGACGACCAGAGCAUGGAGAAUGUAGAAAUGAGGUUCUACGAUGGUUUUGAUUUCGAAGACGCUGCAUUCGAUUGGCCACUCUCUCCCUGACCCAAGGUUUGCAUGUCAAAAGUGUUGUUUCAGCUCAUAAAGGGGUUGACAAGCUCAGCUAAUAAACCCUGAUAUCGUCUCUUGUUUAUGUAUGUAUGUAUCAGAAUAUUUCCAGUGUAUGUGUAUGGGAUUAAAGCAUGUAUAUCAUCCCUUACAAUAAUUAUGAAAUGUGAAAGUGAGAUUUCACAGAUAUUCUAAAUUGGUGUGUUCGUCAAACUACCAUGGCCCAUUUGGAAACUUAUCAAAAAUAGAGAAAAAGGAUGACAACUUAUCUUUUUGACUUUGCAUUGAUGCUUUUCAGUGCAUUAUUGAGUGCAAAUGGUCAAUUGUGGACAAGAAGAAGCAUACUUUGUGCUCAAGUCACCUGGAUAAAAUGCCAUUAUACCAACUUAAAAGCAGUGGGGUCUGAGGGAUCUAUUUUCCAACUCUAAGCAUAGUCGCUUGAUUAUUCAGCAAUGCAGACAGUUGCUCCACGCGGCUUGAAUUGGUCAUCCUCAAUCAUCCAUUCACCUGUAUUACCUAAUAUCUAACAGGAAACAAGAAAUAUCCUCUAUGGUA